UGACGGCUCUGCGUGUGACUAAACGUGGGAGGAGUGUGUGUGUGUGUGUGUGUGUGUGUGUGUGUGUGUGUGUGUGUGUGUGUGUGUGUGUGUGUGCGUGUGUGUGCGCGCGCAGGCUGACGGGAUGCAGCUGUUUUGCAGUCAUCAGCUCUGUCCUCGGAGGGACGCGCGGCUCUGCUGCCUGAGUCCGCGCCGAGCAGCCGCCUCCGGUCGAGUCCCACGAUGCCGAUCAACAAGACCCACGUCAGUGUCGCCUACUCCUCGCUCGGCGUGAUCCUGGGGGUCUCUGCCUUCCUGGUGUGGAACAUCGUGUACAAACAGCCGUGGACCGGGGCCACGGGGGGUCUGUCAGGUGUUUUGGCCCUGUGGACCCUGAUCACUCAUGUCAUGUACCUGCAGGACUACUGGCGGACGUGGCUAAAGGGGCUCAAGUUCUUCCUUUGCGUGGCGAUUUUCUUCUCUGUGCUCGCCGUGGUGGCCUUCAUCACCUUCCUCUCCAUCGCCAUCAGCAGGAAGGAGUCUUUCGCUGACCCUCGGAGUCUCUACCUGUCGGCCGUGUGGAGCGCCAUGAGCCUGAAGUGGUCCUUCCAGCUCCUCCUGGCGGCCAAACGUUACCGCAAAGAGUUUGAGGACAUCAGCAUCCUCAGUGACUUCUGAAUCCGCUGCCCUCUCCUGCAGCCGCCACUCAGACUUUGGAGUCUAGUCAAAGUCUGUGCUGGCUCUACCGGCAUCACCGCCUUAUUUUCUUACUGUAGGAAGGACUUCUGUUGAAUCCAGCACUCUUCUUUACUGUCCAUAAUAGAUUUACUAUUUGGCAUCUACAAGUGUGAUCAUUUGCACAUUCCAGUCUUUCUUCUUUUCCUCCAACACUAGAAUUUCAACACUCUUGUGGAAAUGAGUUCCAGUUUCAUGCUACUGCCACUAGAGGUCCCUGCUUCUCCGACUAUAACGAAACAGUUUGGAUUUCUGUUUGUUAACCUGACUCUGGCUCCCUUAUUCAUGUUGCAAAUCAUGGAUCAUCUGCCCUAGAGUAUGAAUAAAGUCUUUUUCAGAUAAGUCAGCUUCCUAAACGGUGUAAAAAGAAAAGACUGACACAUUUUGACUUUCUUUUGCAAAUUCCAACUACAUAUAAAAGGCCCACGUGUCUCAAUUCUGGUGGAUUUUAAUGUAAAUAAGUUUUGGGGUAUUUAUAAUUGCCUGCAAGAGUUUUGUUGUUGUGUGCUCAAGUGUUUGUUAUUCUGUCCUGCUCAUUUAUGCCUACUGCCAGAUUUUUUUUUCCAUUUUCACUUUAAGCCUCGUUCUUUGGGAUUCAUCUCUCUGAGCUAAUAUGAAGCUUUAUGGCGUUACAUAUUGACAUGGAUUUGUCAAUUGAAUGUAGAACUUUGGAGAAUUUUUGUACAAGAUUGGAUCUGUUAUUAAAGUGCACUUUUCACAUCCACGAGGCAUUAUGUGGUGCAAUGUGGACAAUAAGUGUUCCUCUUUUUUAGGGUUUGAUAGCACUUUCUGUUCCUCUGAAACUUUUUAUAUUUGCUAUAGUUAAAAAAAAAAAGUUUGUUUUUGCUGUGUCACGGUUGCAGUUUUGUUUCCGUUGUCUCUUUAUAGAUGUGCUACACCAUAAAUAACGAGGUUAAACCUGUAAAUGUUACAGAUUUAGCCAGAAUAAUUUUCAUCUGAAAUCCCGACUUUAAGAGGAAGAAAAUAUUAAUUCCACUGACAAAAAUCAAACUAAAUACCUAAAAAAUGCAUAUGAUGGAAUAAGAAAAUGAUAAACAAGAAGAAAAAAAAAGAAUUCAGUGGAGUUUGACAAAUUGCACGUUGCUUCAGAUGGUCAACCUGUGGAGGCCUGAAGACAGAGCAUGACUCUUCAAGUUGAGGAUAAAAACUGAUCCAAAACUUCCUUCGUUUCGCAGUAUGUUGUGUCCAUGCAGCACAUCUCCUCUAGAGGUGGUGGCUGAGUCAGCAUGACUUUGCUUAAAAUCUCUCUAAAAAGAGGUUGGAGCCAAGUCCCUGCAAAAAUGCAUAUAAAAACAUAAAUUUGUAAAAUUGAUGUAUUUCUCAGAAAGGCAUCAGCAGAUUCGUUCUCUUGUAAAAUGUUGCAAUAAUUAAAUUUAGAGGUGAUAUGAGAAGUUACAUGAAUUACUAAUACACCAAUCCAAAAUGUGGGAUUUAGGCACGUUGGUAUUUAAUAAUAUAAAACAUUUCAAGAGCCGAAUUCUGUUAUUGUGUGAAAAUCCCUUUUUUUUUUCAAUGUGGAAAUGUCACCGUGUCAUCUGCAUAAAUUGGGAUUCUCACAUCUGGUAAAUACUUAAAUAUUUGAAGAUAAUUGAAGAAAUAGUGGAAGAUUGUGGUUUUUAAUUACAGCAAUUAAAACAUGGUUUAUCAAAUCA